AUGCUGAGCAGUAUUGCUACUGGUCCGGCCAUUGAUGCCUAUGGGCCCACCAGUGACAAUAUUGCUGGAGGCAUUGCUCAGAUGGAUGGAACGAGCCACAGGAUUCAGGAGAGAACAGAUGCACUUGAUACUGCAGCUUGGGGAGGUAACCUGUGCCUAGGUGAUAGUGACAAGAACAACCUUGGUAUGAUUCAAGCAGCUAUUUCCACUGUGGAUGUUCUGACACCAAAGGUGUUCAUUGGGUUGAUUGUUGGUGCGAUGCUUCCUUACUGGUUCUCAGCCAUGACCAUGAAGAGUGUCGGCAGUGCAGCUCUGAAGAGGGUGGAGGAGGUCCGAAGGUGCUCUGGUGAUGCUUACACCCCUGAUCAUUGGAAUUUUGUGUCAUGGAAACCCUAUCUGGUGUUCUUGCUGGGUCUCUUGUUUCUGGUGUUCAGAUUGUUAUCUGAUCCUCAUCUAAUACUGGUGGUGCAUGGGACAAUGCCAAGUACAUCGAGAAUGGUAAAUUUCAAGAUAACAAAAUUGUGCUUGUUUAAACUUGGUUUACAUGAGGCUGGGGCAUCAGACCAUGCAAGGAGCCUUGGCCCUAAGGAAUCCGUUCCUCACAUGGCUGCUGUUAUUUGUGACAUCAUUGGGGACCCUCUCAAGGAUACGUCCGGGUCAUCACCUAUCAAACUAAUGGUUGUGGAAUUUCUGGUGUUGGCACCAUUCUUUGCAACUCAAGGAAGUCUCUUGUUCAAGAUCUAA